CCAACCUCCGGUUCGCGGUGUUGACGUUUACAUGGAUCUCUGUCUCUUUCUCUUACGCUCUCUUCUUUCCCAAACUCAUGCAUUACUCCUUCCCUCCCUUCAUUCCCAAUUCCCAUUUCAGAUCUCCUUUCCGCCAUGGAAAUCCCUUCCACCACUCCCAAAACCGUCGAAGAAAUUUUCAAAGAUUACACCGCUCGCCGUGCCGCUCUUGUUCGCGCUCUUGCUCACGAUGUCGAUGAAUUCUACGGCCUCUGUGAUCCAGAUAAGGAAAAUUUGUGUCUUUAUGGACAUCCCAAUGAAACUUGGGAAGUGGUUCUUCCAGUAGAAGAGGUUCCACCGGAGCUUCCUGAGCCUGCACUUGGAAUCAAUUUUGCAAGAGAUGGCAUGAACAGAAAAGAUUGGCUCUCUCUUGUUGCUGUACAUAGUGAUUCCUGGUUGCUCUCUGUGGCUUUCUAUCUCGGAGCAAGGCUUAAUCGAAACGAAAGAAAGCGUUUAUUUAGCUUGAUGAAUGAUCUUCCCACUGUCUUUGAAGUUGUGACAGAACGGAAGCCUGCCAAAGAGAAGCAUAGUGUAGAUAGUGGAAGCAGAUCGCAAGGAAGCGCUAAGAGAUCCAAUGAUGGGCAGGUGAAAAGCAACCCUAAACAUGCCGAACAGAGUUGCGAGGAGGAUGUCGAUGAACAUAGUGAAACCCUCUGUGGUAGCUGUGGUGAAAAUUACAGUGCAGAUGAGUUCUGGAUUGGUUGUGACAUCUGCGAAAGGUGGUACCACGGAAAGUGCGUAAGGAUAACACCUGCCAAGGCUGAUAGUAUCAAACAAUACAAAUGCCCUUCUUGCAGCAUGAAGAAGGGCAGACAGUAGAAACUAAAAGGCGUAAUGAAUGGCCUAAAAGUAUCGCCUGGUGAUUUGAGAAAGUGACUGAUGAAGCAAGUAACAAUAUUUCUUAAUUUAUGUAUGAAUUUGUAGUUUAUACGUUUAUACUCUCAUAGGUGUGUUGGAUCCUGAAGUUGACCUCUCUGAAGUCUCAACUAUAUCACAUUAUUUAAUUAUGCUGGUAUAUAUAUUGUUUACUUUAGGAUAAUUAUCUCAA